AUGGAAUGUCCACAUUUAAUAGAAAAUGUUAAAAUUGAUAUCAUUUUAGGAGACAAAACGCAAGAAUUAGGAAAGGAUAAAGAGUGCGCAGUAUGUUCUAAUGAAAUUAACCCCUGGCUGUGUCUGUAUUGUGGUCUCAUUCAUUGUGGAAGAUAUGUGAAUGGCCACGCUCGAGAACACUCGAUUAAAGCGAAACAGCAUUGUGUGUGCAUGGAUGUAGAAAAUUAUUCGGUUUUUUGUUACGUAUGCGAUGAAUAUGUAAAUAACGACGCUGAAAAUAAAGAUAUCAGUAGAAUUCGUCAAAUUUUAAGAGAUCGAAAACAAAGGGAACCCGAUUCAGAGUCUUUGGAAAAUGAUGAAGUUGGAGAAUUUAAUAAUUCUUCGACUCCAAAUUCAUUAAUAGAUGACGACCAAGCAUCUUGGAAGUCAGGAAAUUCAGAUUUAUUAGGAAGAGAAACACAAGAAAAUUCAAGGUCACUUAGGCCACGUUUUAGAAAACGAUCUCAUUCCAAUGAUAGCUGUAAUGAAAACACAACUAAAAUCCAUUGCACUAGACCUCGACCAUCUAGAGAAAAGAAAACUCCGUUGGUGGGUCUACGAAAUUUGGGAAAUACAUGUUUUAUGAAUGCCGUUUUGCAGUCUCUGAGUAAUAUUCAAGAGUUUUGCCUCUACUUCAAACAGCUUCCAUCACUUGAGCGUAACACAAAUGGUCGAAAGGUAUAUCAUUCAACGAGGAGUAUUAAAGAAAUAAGCGAAGAAUUAAUUGCUGAAGAACUUCGAAAAGUUUUGAUAAGUUUGAAUCAGGGUGAUGGUAAAGAAGCCAUAUCACCGAAUGAAUUAUUUUCCGCUAUAUGGAAAGUGGUGCCUCGUUUUAGAGGUUACCAGCAACAAGAUGCUCAUGAAUUUUUGCGAUACAUGCUUGAUAGACUCCACACCGAACUACUUAGCUUACUACCCGAUGAAACAUUACGGGAUAAUAUACCAGAUAAAUAUUUAUAUAGUCAAAAGAAAACUAAAGACUUAGAUGAAACAUUACCGCCGUGCACAAUUGCUGAUUGUUUGACAAGUUUCAUAGAAGUGGAAGAAUUGGCCGAAACUGAAUUGUAUUAUUGCAACAAUUGUAAGAGUAAACAAAGAUCGACAAAAAGAUUUUGGAUCAGAAGAUUGCCGAACGUGUUGUGUCUUCACUUGAAAAGAUUUCGCUGGAAUUCACAUUUCCGAACAAAAAUCGACACCGAAAUAGUUUUUCCAACGACGGCUCUCGACAUGUCACAAUUCGUACUAAGUAAUAUACACGAAACUAGACAAAGCGGAGCUGGAACAAAUUUAUACGAUUUGGCAGCUGUUAUCGUCCAUCACGGAUCUGGGGUAGGAUGCGGUCAUUAUACAGCAUUCGCAAUUAACGAUGGAGAAUGGUUUCAUUUUAACGACAGCACGGUUCGUCCAACAGGACAAGCAACAGUUGCCAAGUGUAAACCUUACAUAUUAUUUUACAUAAGAAGAGAAUUCACGUUGCCCCGCGUUCAAAAUUCAUGA